AUGCGUUUCACCACCCUCGCCGCCACCCUCGCCAGCGCCUCACAAGCCACAGCCCUCCUCGCCGGCCUCUCCGCCCCCGCGACCAUCGCCCCCGGCUCGCGCUUCAACCUAACCCUCAUCGCCUCGCCGCGCGCAGAACCACGACCCGAAGUCGCCGUCUCCUACGGCUGGAGCGCCAACAACGGCUUCGAGGGUGCCCUAGGCUAUAACGUACAAUCCAUGUUCCUGGGCCCAAGUCUCUCUGACACCGACAACAAUAUCACCAUCUUGGCUCAGGCACCGGCGCGUGAGGACCUCAUCCCCGGUAGGCCGGCUGGGCCUGGUCCUGACGAGAACAUGUUUUUGAACAUUGCUUUCUUUCAGCUCGGACCAGGUAAUUCGUACCCUGCUAUUAGUAGUUAUAAUGUUUCGGUCAUGAUUGGGGAGGAGACGAGUGAGGGUGUGCUUGUGGGAAGUACCACGCCGUUGUUGGUUAUGUACGCUUAG